AGAAGAGGUGAUUCUCUGCUAUUGACGCUCUGGAAAAUUUAGAGCAAAACAGAUACUGACCUACGUUUGCGUCCAUAUGACGCUGUGAAGGAUCUUCAACGUUUUCCAAUUGUUGAGGUUCCUAUGUCAUUUCGAACUCUUUUAAAUGAGUUCACAUCUUUUGCAGCUAAAAUUGUAGCUGUAAAUUAUAAACGUGUUAGGUCAAUGAGACACGAAUGUAUAGCAGGGGAAUACAUCCGGUGCUACGACAAGGGUAUGAUGUAUGUUGUUGGUACUUCACGUGCACCAUGUGCUUGUGAGCGUUUCAAUGACUACAUGCUGCCCUGUGGUCAUAUUCUGUAUGCACAUUCUAAAGAUCUAAUAAUUGGAGACUUAUUUCGACAUAGCAGCCGGUGGACAAGGAAAUAUAUAAUGGACUUGGUUCUUCGUGCGAUGGACAACAUGUCAAUCUCUACCGGGAGUGAUGAUCUGCUAGAGAAGUUCACUAACAACUACCACUCAAUCCAUGCUCUUAGUGAACCCUUGGCAAGUAAACUCAUCCGUUCAUGCUUCGAAGCAUCUGAAGACAUAUGCGCACAAGUGAUGAGUUCAAUCGGUGCUAAUGAUGAAGCUACAUCGUCAGAAUCCAUUGUUAACACUGACCAUAGCUAUGCUUCUUGAUGACAAG